AGACUAGGCCUGAGCGCGGCAAACCAGAGAAGAUAAUCAGAAUUUAUAUUUGAUAAGAAUUAUCUCAUGUCAUCAUGCUCUGGAACAUCUCAUGAUCGCCGCCGUCGUCCAGCCGCCGGUCCUUCUCACCGUGAUCAGACGCUCUAACCCCACUCCCCUUUCCUUUCUCUUUCUGACUCGCGCUGCCUCCCACCGAUCAUAUGGCCUCUCCGCUGUGCCCCACAAUGCCGGCGGCCGCCACGACGAGGACUGCCACAACUCCCCCUUGGUCCGAGCCGUGGACCGGUGCCGCUCCCCGCGCUCCCUCCCCGCCCUCCGCGCCCUCCACUCCACCCUCCACCACCAUCCCCUGCUCCUCUCCCACCCUGCCGUACAAAUCAAACUCAUCCGCGCCCUCGCAGCUUGCGGCGACCCCCACGGUGCUCGACGCCUAUUCGACGGCGCUCCCGCCAAGAAAACUGUUUUCUUCAACAUCAUAAUCCGGAGCUACGUCGAUCACGGACUCCACCUCCACGCCCUCAGCUUCUUCGUGGACGUAACCCUCCGCCAUCAAGUGAAGGCCGACAACUACACCUUCCCCUGCGUCCUCAAGGCUUGCGCCGCCUCCAACCACCUCUGCGGAGGUAUUCAGAUCCACGGAGCUGUCACCAAGCUCUGCCUCGACUCCGAUCUCUUCGUCGGCAACACACUCAUUGCCGUGUACGCACGGUGUGGGCGGUUCUCUGACGCCUCCCAGAUGUUCGAUGAAAUGCCGAAAAGGGACGUAGUGUCCUGGAACGCGAUGAUUGCAGGGUAUGCCAAACAUGGACAACUUGAACGUGCGCUCGAUCUCUGCAAGGAGAUGGUGGCGCAACAAAACCCAAGACCUGAUUCUGGUACGUUGGCUAGCAUCUUGCCUGCAAUGUCCAGAACUGAGAUAGCCAAUGUAGAGCUUAUGCGGAAACUGUUCGACGAAAUGAGUAAGAAGAACACAGUUUCUUGGAAUGCAAUGAUAGCAAUAUACACAAACAAUUCAAUGCCAAGGGAGGCAGUGGAUCUCUUUUCAAAGAUGGAGAUUGCAGGAAUAGAGCCUGAUGCCGUCACACUCGCCAGCAUUCUCCCUGCUUGUGGUGAUUCGUCGGCUUUCACUCUCGGAAGGCGAAUACACCAACUCAUUGAAAGGAAAAGAAUGCGCCCUAAUCUGGUGCUCGAGAAUGCUCUGAUGGACAUGUAUGCAAAUUGUGGGUGCCUGAAGACUGCAAGGGAAAUCUUUGAUAGCAUGAAUUGGAAGGAUGUGGUAUCUUGGAAUUCUAUAAUCUCAGCUUACGGGAUGCAUGGACAUGGGUUGGAUGCCAUUGCUUUCUUCGAUCAGAUGGUAAAGUCAGGCAUAAAGCCGGAUUCGAUUGCUUUUCUUUCAAUCAUCUCUGCUUGUAGUCAUGCAGGCUUAGUGAAUCAGGGCAAACACUAUUUCAACCUUAUGACAGAACACUACCAUUUGUCUCCCACCAUUGAGCAUUAUGCUUGCAUGGUGGACCUUCUAGCUCGCUCGGGUAACCUUAAUGAAGCUUAUGAUUUCAUUAUUGAGAUGGCUAUAAAACCAAAUGAGAGAGUAUGGGGAGCACUAUUAAAUGCUUGCAGGAUUUAUUCAAACAUGGAAAUUGGGUUGAAUGCUGCAGAUCAUUUAUUCAAACUAGUUCCUGAGCAAUCUGGAUAUUAUGUGCUUUUGUCGAAUAUUUACGCUAGGGCUGGUAGGUGGGAGGAGGUUAUGGUGGUGAGGGAGAUGAUGAUCAACAAAGGGAUAAAGAAACUGCCGGGUUGCAGUAAGGUUGAGCUAUGGAACGAUGUGCAUACCUUUUACAUUGGUGAUCGAAUACACCCUCGAUCUAAAGAAAUCUACGAGAAACUGGAUGUCCUGAUGGUGAGGCUGAAGGAGUUGGGAUAUGGUACUGAGACUGAGACUGCUCUUCAUGAUGUCGAGGAGGAAGACAAGGAGGGCCAUCUUUUGGUGCACAGCGAGAAGCUUGCAGUUGCCUUUAUGCUCAUAAACACUAGUCCAGAGACACCAAUCAGGAUAACGAUGAACCUUCGUAUGUGCUUGGAUUGCCAUCAGGCCAUGAAACUCAUUUCAAGCAUCACUCAACGUGAGAUCACCAUCAAAGACACUAACAGGUUUCACCAUUUUGUGUGUGGAGUCUGCUCGUGUGGAGAUUAUUGGUGAGGGGCUGCAAGUAAAUUUUGGUGAUGAAUUCAUUAUCAUGUAGUUGAGACAACAAAACCAAGAUGCAUCAUCUUUAUAAAUAAGAGGCUAUAGAUCAAGUUGGUAAGUCA